GGGCGUCCCCACAAGUGGGACCUCGCCGGCGCGGGCCCCCGGGCGGGCGGCGGCCCCUCCUGCUCGAGGACGCGGCGCUCCGCUCUGGGCGGCGCGCCGGGCAGCGGCGCGGCUCCACCGGGUGCUCUGGUCGCUCCGUCGGCGGGCGCGGGGUCCCCGAUGAGCCGCCCGCAGGCCCCGGCAGGCGAGAUCGAUACGGUGCUCUUUGUGGACAUCGAUGGCGUGCUCAAUUUCGUCGUCGUGGAGCGGGCCGACAAUGCCAUACACUUCAGCAGCACCAUCGCCGACCAUGCCCUGCUAUGUUGGCACUCGCACUGGCACGGCCUGGAGCCCGCCGUGCGCAACAGGGUCGAGGUGCUCGUCUCGACCCACAGGCGCGCGCAGGGCCACGGCUGCCGCGAGUACGCGGAGCUGGCGUCGUGCCCGCGGUCGAACCUGUCCGCGGUGCUCGUGGGGCGCCUGGCGCAGGUGAUAGAGCAGGCUGGUGAGCGUUGCCUGACCGUCCUCACCUCCACCUGGCGCAAGCCCGAGCACUCGGCGCGAGUGGCGGGCCUGGAGGAGGAGCUGGCGCGGCACCUCGGCAGGCCGUUCCAGUUCGGGGCGCGGACGCCGUUGUGCACUGAGGACGGUUCCCCAGGGACCCGUCUGAAGUGCAUCGGCGAUUUCCUGAAGGCCCUCUGCGACGGCGGGCGCUCUGGCGGACGGCUCCGGGUCCUGGUGCUCGAGGACGACUUCCACUACUCCUCCUUCGGCUGGCAGUGCGGCGCAAAGAGCAUUCGCUGCGCAGAGGAUGCUGAGAGGUUCCUAACGUCGAAGAUUCCGCCCCACAUCUUGAAGAACAAAAUUCUCGCCGCCGCGAGAGUCGUGCACACCUACGACGAGUGGAGGACACCGUCCGGUCUCCCGGUGCGCGCCGGCACUGGGCUCACGGCGGCGCGGUUCUGCGAGGCGCUCGCCUUCCUCGGUGGCCACUGCGAGGUGUGUGCCGCGGCGGCAGCGGCCGCGCCACCGCGUGGCCGCACCCUGCUGGAGGCCGCGAAGGCGGCGCCUGGGCUCCCCGAGCGCCAGCCGAAGGUGAGCUCGCACCCGGCGCCCGCCUGCCCGAAGCUGGCCGGGGGGGCCAGGCGGCGCGAGGCGGCUCUCGCCGAUCUGGGCUGCCUGGCCCUCGUGCCCGCCGUGGCGCGCGAUCUCCUCCGCCGCCCCGGCGCCGGCCGCGCGGCCGAGGGGGCGUGA